AUGGCCAAGUCAAAGCGCAACAUUCUCGCGGCCGCGCAGGAGACCCUUACUCCUCCCGAAGAGUUGACCGAAUCCCAAUCCAUCGCCCGCGUACUCCAAGUCGAGGGCAACAAUCUUUACAUCUGCGAGCUGCCCAACACCAAGACCAUCGUCGUCGAACUCCAGUCGCGCUUUCGCGGUACCAUUUUCAUCAAGAGAGGUGGAUAUGUCUUGGUAGACUUGGCUUCGGCCGCCGAAAGGCCUGCUGCCAGCAGAGUGGUUGGCGAAAUCAUCAACAUCGUGCGCGAUGAAAAGGAGUGGAGGAAGCAAGCCUAUUGGUGCCGUCCUUUUGUCCCAAGGCUGGCUGGCGAAGAAGAGUCCAACGUGGGAAAGAUGCCGCCAAGCGAUUCGGAGGACGAAGACGAGCGCUGA